AACACAACGAUAAUUCGCAUCGGAAUACAGGAGAGGUUGAUGCAUACUAAGCAUCACCCGACCGGAUCGAUAUUAUCAGUUUACUUAGCGUUUACCAGAUGUGUCCAUGCGUGUUUCCUACAAAGUGCCAUUACAUCCAGUUUGCCUCAGUCACAACCUACAGACCUUUGAAGAGUUCGGGAGCCACAGCCGUCACACAGUUUCCAGCUAAAACUAACAGGAGCCAUGGAUAGGGAAUUCACUGCAAACCCAUCACAGAAGGAAAUGCAAGAAGCCGAAAAUGCCUUUCAUUUGUUGUGCGGAGACGAUUAUACUGAAGCAGAUGUCAUUAUCGAUAGGUUUUCCCAAAACAGUCAUCGUUACGAGAAGGUUUUGGGAAAGAUGAACUUCUCAGGUCACACCCAGUGUGCUCAAUCUGCUGCUGAUUGGUUUCCGAAGAACAGACAUGACGUUUAUAUUCUUGACGUUGCCGCCGGAACAGGACUUUGUGGAGAUGAGCUGCGCUCGCAAGGUUUUCGCAAAAUCGAUGCUCUUGAACCUUCAGUACAAAUGCUUGAAGAGGCAAAGAAGAAAGGCAUUUAUGGUCGGUACUUCAGUGUGAUGCUAGGAGAAAAUAGCGUCGACAUAGAAAGUGACACUUACGAUGCUGUUACGAUUUCGGGGUUAACCGUUGUGAUAAUGAAGAAGUUGCCCAGAAAGGCAUUUGAGGAGCUUAUCCGAAUUGUAAAGCCAGGAGGAUACAUCAUUAAUGCUACUUACCACAAGAUAUUCCCUGAGGAUGGUGAUGCUGAAGGAGCCAUAUUUCGGAACAAUAUGAAGGCUCUUGAAUCGCAAGGAAAGUGGACACUAGUGGAGCUGAGGCGCUUUAAGGAUUAUCUUUGUGGAGACGAUGGUGCUGUUUCAGUCCACAAAGUUCUGUAAUGCGGAGAUGACCGAGAAUAUGUGUCAGAGAAACUACCAACACUUUUUGUAUGACGCUUGCUAUAAUGUAAUAAUAUUAAUAAUUCAUUUAUAUAGCGCCUAGUAGCUAGAUGAAAUACAUGUAGUGUACUGUUUUGCAUGUACUGGUAUUAUAAUAUUCAGUAAUAAUUUUCCUAAGUACCUAAAAGCUGAAUAGACACUGCAAGUAUAUAUGCUAGCAUUCGUAACGUGGUAAGUCACAGUGUGUACCAUGUUCAGAAUUGUAUACAUACAUUUAUGCUUGCUGGCUUGGUGAGACAAACUUUACGAGGCAAUUAUAUCAUAUUAUUCAUGGUUUGGUCCGUAGUUUAACACCGCAUUCAGAAAUGUUCGAGCUAUAUGGCGGUGGUCUGUAUAUAAUCGAGUCUGGACCAGACAUUCCAGUGAUCAACAGCAAGAACA